UUAUUGAGCCUUCCAAAAUAGCGGUGGUCCAGAAUAGUGGAACCGCUAUAUUGGCGGUAUUGACCGUUAUUAUAGAUGCCUUGGUUGAUGUGGAAUCGGAGGAAGAUUUCAUCGUUUACGAUUAGAUUAUGUUUCAAAUAUUGGCACUUUAGAGUUUUGACUUUUGAUAUUACUGUUAAUAUUAUAUAUGUUUUAUGUUUUUUUAUAUGUUAUGGCGUGUGUAACGAUCAACUGGUGAAAAAUCUAAAUCUAAACGAGAGAAGGCGUGUGCGGUUACUGAAAGAUGCAGAAACGCAGAAGCCCGCACGUGCAACGCGCCCCAAAAAGUGGAAGUGGAAUAAUGUUAUAUUUACGAAAGGAUUGCCGUUUAAACCGUUCGAUUAGCUGAUGGCGGUGCUCCCCCCUUACAAGGGUAUAUGCAAACUCCCUUUUAUUGAUGAGGAUCGCCUUCUUUCUGCAACAAAGAAGAUCGAGAAGGACCUAAGCCGGAGGAAGCAAAAAUUUGUACAUUCAUCAGAAAAUUUUGCUUCGCGAAUCAUCUCUUCUUUCAAUGAUGUGGGACUUAUCAAGCAGGGUAACUCAAUCAAGAUUGAUUCAGACUUAAGUGAUAAUAUAAGUGGUUUUGUCCAACCUAAGCUAGAGUCGAUGAAAGAUCCUGAUGUUUUAUGUGUCUAUUAUGAGUUACCUUGUAUAUCCCAUGUGUGCUCGCUGGAUCAACAUUCCCUGAAACGCGCCCGACACUUGGAUGGUGGUCGAUCAUCCGAAAUGACAGGUCGUUGGGCUGAUCUGAUGGGACAGAAACAUUUUAACAAAAGAUGGAAGUAAAGAACCUUUUUUCCAUGGUGACAAUUCGCUUUCUAAAGGAGAAGGAGUGCAAAGCCUAUAUUAUACGUAUAGCAAAAGUCUGGUUAAGAAAGCCUAAUACAUAUGUCAGGUAUCUUAUAUGACUUUGUGGGUUAGUUAACUUGUCAAAUUGGGAAAUUGGGUUGGGUUGAGUUGACCCAUCAAUCUUAUAAAUAUUAAAAAUAAAGAAGUUUGAAAAUAUUUAGUCUCGAAAAAACUAGCGAAAAAACUCAAUUUGAAAUGACCUGAGCCGAGUGAGCUCAUUUUGUAACUGAAUCGAGCUCGAGCCAGGCUCAGCUCGGCUCGUUGGCUCGUUCUUAGGCUCGUUUAACUUCUAUCUCGAGCCCAAUCCGAGCCGAGCUGCCUCAUUAAAUUUUGAGCACGAGUUCAAGACCACCCUGGCUCGACUCGGCUCGAUUCGUUUGCAUGUAGAAAGGAGGGUUUGGUUGGAAAUUUGAAGUAAACCAUUCAUAUUUGGAUUGGGAACCAAAUUGGACCAUGGGUGGGUUUUUGGUUCCAAAAUUCUGAACCUGUAGAGUUGAUGGGAGUCACAUAUAUUGAACUAUUUA